AUGGAAGUUAUGUCUGCGUUGCUGUCCGUGCGCGGCAUGGACGUCUCACGUGGGUUUAUAGCGCGGUACUACGGGAGGGAAGCAGAGACUGGGCAGGCCUUACAGGGGACACAAGGUACGGUGGCGACGCUAGCGGCCGAAGGCAGUGACGAUGACGAGGUUGAUGAUGUUGGUGAAGUUGGGCUUCUUUCCCGGUUCAGGAUGUUCUGCUACCGGCUGUUUGUGGGCGACUACGAGCGGGACGUGAUGAUCAAGGAGUUACAAGCGCAGCGGACUCAUGCGGCGUCGUACACGGAGUGGAGACAGGCCGCGACAGAGCUGGAUAUGCUCACGGGGAAGCAACAGUGGAAGCUGCACCGGGAGUCGUCCCUAUACGACUACGAGCUUGUUGAGAGCGUCUUGGGGAAGAUGCGGCGCGCAAGGCUUAAUGGGGACCUCGAACAACUACUCUACCUCGUGCGAACCAACUGGGUGCGCAAUUUGGGGAAUAUGGGGAACGUGAACUUGUACCGGCACUCUUACAUCGGCACGAAGACACUCAUCGACGAGUAUAUGAGCGAGUCGCGACUCUGCGUCGCGGCGCUCAUCGAGGCCGAAGAACUCGAUGACACGUACGUCAUUGGGAUCCUGCAACAGACGCGCAGGAAUAUUGGUAGGACCGCGCUUGUGCUCAGUGGAGGUGGUACUUUCGGACUCUUCCACGUUGGGGUCCUAGCGACGCUCUUCGAACUGGACUCUUUACCCCGGGUCAUCAGCGGCAGCAGCGCGGGCGCGAUCGUCGCAUCCAUCCUUUCUGUGCACAACAAGGAGGAACUGCCUAGUCUACUAGAGAAUAUCAUGAGCACAGACUUCAACAUCUUCAAAGACGACAGCGAGAAGUCAGAGGGGGAGAACUUCCUCAUCAAGAUGUCCCGGUUCUUCAAAAACGGGACCUGGUUCGACAACAAGCACCUCGUCCACACGAUGAUUUCAUUCUUGGGGGACCUUACAUUUAGGGAGGCGUACAACAGGACAGGCAAGAUCCUCAACAUUACAGUGUCCCCAGCGUCGCUCUUCGAACAACCACGACUGCUCAACAAUCUGACAGCACCGAACGUGCUCAUCUGGUCCGCCGUGUGCGCCUCAUGCUCACUUCCGGGGAUUUUCCCCUCAUCACCUUUGUUUGAAAAGGACCCGAGGACGGGCAGGAAGCGGGAGUGGAACGGCAGCUCCUCUGUAAAGUUCGUUGACGGAUCCGUCGACAACGACCUUCCGAUCUCGAGACUCUCUGAGAUGUUUAACGUCGACCACAUUAUCGCAUGCCAGGUAAACAUUCACGUCGUGCCCUUCCUGAAACUGUCUGUCUCCUGCGUUGGGGGUGAAAUAGAGGAUGAGUUCAGCGCAAGGCUCAGACAGCACAUGGCGACUCUGUACAAGUUCAUGUCCGACGAGGUGAUCCAUUUGCUCGAGAUCGGUAGUGAGAUCGGUAUCGCAAAGAACACGCUGACCAAGUUCAGGUCCGUCCUGUCGCAGCAGUACUCCGGAGACAUCACCAUCCUUCCAGAUCUGAGCAUGCUCGCACGCAUAAACGAACUGCUGUCGAACCCAACAAAGGAGUUCCUUCUCCGGGAAUUCACCAACGGUGCACGGACCACCUGGCCCAAGAUAUCGAUCAUCGAGAACCACUGCGGACAGGAGUUUCUCCUGGACAAAGCCAUCUCGCUCAUGAAGGGCAAAAUGAUCGUGUCGUCCUCACUAAAGAACCCAUUGCAAUUUGCGGACCUCCCCAUCGGGCUGAUCAAGUCCGCGUCUCCGAACAUGCCUCAGAACGAGGUACGGAAGUGGGGGGUGAACAGGGGCAAGCAACGUGGGGAAGAAUCCAACACAGUACUGGACGACAACUUGCUAGAGACGGAGUCCACAAACUCGCUACUGCUGUUGCGCGAGAACCCGAACGUGAACAACAACGGCGACCAACUACAGGAGAAACUGAACGGGUGCACAGCGGGGCGCUCUCAAAGCGCACACAGGCGCAAAUCGGAUUCAGGCGCCAACGCGAAUUUGCGCAAGAAGUACUCCUCUAAGUCCUUCAGCAUCACCUCACCGCCGUCCCGCAUCCUCAGCUCAAACUCGUACUACCAACGGCACGCGACGAACCACGGGUUCUCCAGGACCACACACGGGAAGAGAAGCACGGGCCACAUCAUGUUCCCCAUGGAACGACGCGGUUGGAACACGGUGAUGAUCGACUCCCCGCGGAGGGACUCGCUACUGCACUCGCCAGCGAACGGCAGCAAGGACUACUAUCAGAACAAAAUGGAGUGGAGGUCCCCCUACAAGAGGGAAAGCCCACUGGGGUCCGCGUCGUCGUCAUCGUUUGCCCACGGCUGGGGCGGGAGACCAAGAUCCGGCACGUUCGACCACAAACUGAUCACAAACAGCGUGUCCGCCGAGGAGACAAGGCGCAACAGCGCAGACGUUUACCUCCAGCGGUACGGUACCGCUGCAGUGCCCUUUGAGGACGACAAAGACAGCACGGACUCAGAGCCGGCGCUGCCCUCGCCCAAGGGCACGAAACUCGAGACCACGGGACAAGAACAGGAGAGCAGCACCGCACCGGAAGACGUGGAGCUUUCUCCGGAGACAAGCAUCGUGUUGCCAGAGGCUUCGAAACUGCCGCUUCAAGACAGCAGCAGCAGCAGCAGCGAACAGUGA